AUGCCGGAUCGGCGUGGACCUACCGUCGAGACAGCCUUGAAGGCUGCCGACCAUCGCCGCAACCUGGAGCGGAGACGGCAACCCGACUACGCACCACUACCACUUACUCGCGACCGCAUCAGCAGAUACAGCACAUUUGCACUGACCGAGUACUCUCUCCCACCUCUUCGAUCCAGGCCAAGCACCAGUCAGUCUCAACACGACGAAUUUCUCAAGGCCGGACGCUCACCAUUCGUCAAGGCCACGUUCCAGCCCACACAGGAAGAGCGUGCUGCACUCUGGGCUAAUGCCCGUCGUGCUCGAACUGCGGAUGCCCGUUUCGCGCUCAUUGUCGGAUUUGGUGGUGACGCCAGGAGUACACUCUCGCUUCCAGCCUUGGAAGGCUUGACGCCUUUGCCGGCCAAGGACCUGUGGCCAGCACACUACACUGAGGAGAACCUUCGAGCACACAGGGCUCUCGCCGAGCGUGCAACUCAGCCCGAGCUGCCUCUUUUGCACGAGGGUGCUGCGGUCGAUGCACAGGAGCCAGCCACUACAGAGUCUGAUGCGCUGAUGGACGGACUCUUUGACUUUGACGGCGCUGUUGAGGAGAUUGAGGCUAUUGGUAGAGUCAGCGAGGCAGAAGUUGUCGAGGUCAAAGAUGCUGAUGCCGUUGAUGCUGAGCAGGCUGUGGAGGAUGCUGUUGACGAAGACAUGAUGGAGGAGCUGUGA